AUGGCGACGGCGAUGGACACGACGGUGCCGAGGAGCGGGGUGGGGGAAGGCGGCGGCGGCGGUGGGCUGAAGAAGGGGCCGUGGACGCAGGCGGAGGACCGGGUGCUGCUCGACCACGUGCGGCGGCACGGCGAGGGCAACUGGAACGCGGUGCGCCGGGAGACCGGGCUGCAGCGCUGCGGCAAGAGCUGCCGGCUCCGGUGGGCCAACCACCUCCGCCCCAACCUCCGCAAGGGCCCCUUCUCCCCCGAGGAGGAGCGCCUCAUCCUCCGCCUCCACGGCCUCAUCGGCAACAAGUGGGCGCGCAUCUCAACACACCUGCCGGGGAGGACGGACAACGAGGUCAAGAACUUCUGGAACACGCGCCUCAAGCGCCGGCAGCGCGCCGGGCAGUCGCUCUACCCGCCGGACGUCGAGCGGGAGAUCGCCCUCAUGCGCGCCCAGAACAUCAACCCGUUCGCCGACGCGGACGGCAAUACUGCGGCGUCGCCGUUCUCGGACCCGUUCGCGCUGCCUCCCAGGCCGCCGUCGUCCACCAAACCGCCCUCUCACUCUCACUCCUCGCCGCUGAUCGACCAGCACCACCCGCUCCUCAACCAGAUGCAGGGGAUGCAGAUGCGCCACCACGCCGCACAGCACCAGCACCCGCAGCCGGCGUUCCACCACCACCACCAUCACCACCACGGCGGCAUGAGGGCUGCGGGGCUCCCGCCGUUGCCGGCCACGGCGGCCAGGCCGCGCGAGCUCCCUUCGAACCAAAUCGAGACGGCGAGCUGCAGCGGCGGCGGCGACGGCCUGCUCGAGGCGCUGCUGCUCGGCGUCGACGACCAUCAACUCCCCCGUCCCAACCAUGGCGUGUGCAGGGCCGGCUCCAUGCCCGAUCUCAUGUACGGCGGCGUCUCGAGCGCAAGCGACAGCGACGAUACCUCGCAGUUCCCUCCCGGAGGCCAGGACGCGCACCAUGGCGGGAAAUGGGACUUCCUCAUCGAUGAUGUGAAGCCGCCAAUGAGGAGGGCGACGAGCGCAGCGGAGAACGAGACCUCCGGUAUGUUCGGCGUGGCCCAUGGGUCGAUAUCCGGGGAGUGGUUCGGCACCGGCGUUGGGUCGCCAGGGCCGUCCUCCGUCGUCACCACGGACGAUGAGUUCGGCCUCGAGAUGCAGCAGCUCAUGUCGUCGCUGCCACUGUCGGCCGACGAGCUUAACUGGAACGCUUAA